CUGCAGGGAAGAGGCGUGGGAACCGAGGGACCCACAGAGCCGCGUUUCUCAAACUUGUCUGCCAAAAGUUGAGAAUAAAACAAUACCUAAACCUGCUUCCUGACAUGGUAACAGAACAGAGCUACUGCUGAGGUUUGACUUAUAGAGAAAUCAUGGUUCGACUAACCUUGGAUCUAAUUGCCAAAUAUAACAAUCUUAAACCCCGAAAAGAAGAAACCACUUCACGAUACCUGAGGAAAAUAACUCAUAUAAAUUUUUCAAACAAAAAUAUAGAUGCAAUUGAAGACCUCUCUCCUUGCAAAAAUCUGAGUGUUUUAUAUUUGUAUGAUAACCGCAUUAGUGAAAUCACUAACCUGAAUUAUGCUACAAAUCUGACCCAUCUGUACCUACAAAACAAUUCUAUUUCAUGUAUAGAGAACCUCAGGUCACUAAAGAAACUGGAAAAACUGUAUCUGGGAGGCAAUUACAUUGCUGUCAUAGAAGGUUUAGAAGGAUUAGAAGGACUAAGAGAGCUUCAUGUUGAGAGUCAGAAGCUUCCCCUUGGAGAAAAGCUUCUGUUUGAUCCAAGAACUCUUCAUUCUCUGGCAAAAUCCCUCUCCAUAUUGAAUAUCAGCAAUAAUAAUAUUGAUGACAUAAGGGACUUAGAAAUACUGGAGAAUCUUAAUCAGCUCAUAGCAGUUGACAACCAACUUCUGCAUGUGAAGGAUUUGGAAUUUUUACUGAACAAGCUGAUGAAGCUGUGGAAAAUGGAUCUAAAUGGAAAUCCUGUUUGUCUCAAACCCAAAUACAGAGACAGACUGAUAUUGGUGUCCAAAUCACUGGAAUUUCUUGAUGGAAAAGAAAUUAAAAAUAUGGAAAGACAAUUCCUUAUAAAUUGGAAAGCAUCAAAAGAUGCCAAGAAAAUCAGCAAGAAAAAGAACAGUAAAAACGAGGAUGCAAGUAACUCAUACAUAAGUAACUUUGAAACAAUGCAUCACAUAGUUCCUGUUUAUUACCCACAGGUGGGUAAGCCAAAAUUAAUUUUUUUCUCUGAUAUACCGAGAUAUUUUGUAAAUGGAAAUGCAUCCUCAGAAAGCUCCCAAGAAGAUAACCCUAAAAUUACUGAAGAUAUGAGGAACACUCAUCUCUAACUACCAUGAACUGCAAAGAUGGGCUGCUUUAAAAGAAGCUGGCAGAAUAGAGAGGCUCCUGUGAGAAGAAAAUAAUGUCUUGCUUCUGUCACUGGCAAUGAAGUCAAUUAUGUUCAAUCCCAAAUCUUCAGUUUUAUAAUGUGAA